AAAUUUGGAAAUUAAUGUUACAAGCCAUAACCACACCAUAUAAAAUAUAUAGUACAAGAAAUUUGGAAUAUUUUGAAGAAAUAAAGAAUUUGGCUGAAAUGUUUAUGGAAAAUUAUAAGAGACCUUAUGAUAAAGAAACUUGGAGAUUACUUAUUCGUUCAUUAGGUUCAUAUCCAAAAAUAUCUCCCAAUUUUGAUUUAUUAUUAAAAAAUUUACAAGAAGAACAUUUAAUGACUCCAGAAUUAUAUUCAGAAAUUAUUUGGGCAUUAUCAAGAAAAUCAAAUGUUGAAACUGCCAUGGUGUAUUUAGAUCAAUUAAUAUCUGAUUAUAAUUAUAUACCAUCUCGUGAACCUCUUUAUGCUCUGACUUCUCAUUAUGCUAAUAAAG